GUGACGCACAGGACGUACUUUACUGUGCUUGGUUGUGCGCAAAAGUGGCCGGUGAGGAGUGUUGAUAUUUACAGGAGGUCGGAUUCCUGCUUCGGUUGAUCUGCUCAGCAUUGAGAUGUCCGAUCAGGAGGCAAAGCCUUCCAGCCAGUCGGGAGAAAAGAAGGAUGGAGAAUAUAUUAAAUUAAAAGUUAUAGGCCAAGACAACAGUGAGAUCCAUUUCAAAGUGAAAAUGACCACACAGCUAAGAAAGCUGAAGGAGUCCUACUGUCAGCGGCAGGAUGUUCCCGCAAAUUCACUUCGAUUUUUGUUUGAAGGUCAACGCAUUACAGAUCAGCAAACACCUAAAGAGCUGGGUAUGGAGGACGAAGAUGUGGUUGAAGUUUAUCAGGAACAGACAGGAGGGUGGUUGAGAGCCUAAUUGCUUGUCACUGUAUAAGAAUCCUGAUCACCUGUAUAAUUUCUUUAUUAUUUCUUGUUGGCUGUAAUCACUGAAUUUAUAUAAAAAAAAAGAAGAAAAAAAAUUAAACAACUUUCUUUCAUAUGGUUUCUACAAUAUGUUGAUGCCCAGCUUGAAGUUCUUAUUUUCAGUAUAUUCUGUAAUACAACCAAUUCCAUAUAUUUAGCAUUAAUGAAAAAUUGCCACCUAAGAUAUUCUGAAAUGAAAUAUGUGAUCUGAGUAUCUUCAUAUUUUUCAUUGCGUAAGUAAAAGCAUUUUGGAUUUGCUUUUAUUAAAAUUAUAGGAAUAAAUGAAUUAUUCCUAUAAAUGAAUUUAAGAUCGUUGUAUAAAGAAUUCACGCAUUUAAGGGCAUAUCUUGAAACAUGCAUUCCCAAUUAUUUUUGAAACCAAAAGUUAAGAGCAAAAAUCAGAAUGCUUUACAUCUGCUUAAGCUCUAUUUUUUGGCCAAAAUGUUAACAAUUCUUGUACCAAAACUUCUUUGAAAUUGCUUAAAGAGGAAGAAACACUGCUUCCUAUGUAAGGUGAGUAUGAACUUAUCAAUACAAGAGAGACCGCAGAUGCUGCAAAUCCAUAGUAACACACACAAAAUGUUGGAGGAACUCAGCAGGUCAGGCAGCAUCUAUGGAAAGUCAUAAACAGUUGAGGAUUCAGGCCAAGACCCUUCAUCAGAACCAGAAAGGAAGGGGGAAGAAGACAGAAUAACAAGGUUGAAGGAGGGGAAGGAGUUCUGUCUGGGUAGCCUCUAUUCUGAUAGCAUAAACAUCAAUUCCUCUAACUUGUGGUAAUUAUUCCCCCUCCUCCUUCCCUUUUCUUCUAUUCCCCACUCUGGCCUCUUGCAUCUUCUCACCUGCCUUUCCCCUCCCUCUGAUGCCCCUCCUCCUUCCCUUUCUCCCAUGGUUCACUCACCUCUCCUAUCAGAUUCCUUGUUAUUUAGCUCUUUGCCUUUUCCAGCUAUCACCUCAAGCUUCGCAUUUCAUCCCCUCUUGCCCACUUACUUGGUUUCACCUAUAAUCUUCCAGUUUGUACUCCUUCCUUACCCCCCACUUUUUUAUUCUGUCAUCGUCCCCUUUCCUGUCCAGUCUUGAAGCAGAGUCUCAGCCCGAAACAUUGAUUGUUUAUUCCUCUCCAUAGACGCUGCCUGACCUGCUGAGUUCUUCCAGCAUUUUGUGUGUGUUGCUGUAAAUUCACAGACAUUAUAAGGAUGGAGUGCAAGUUCAGUAAUUAUACCACAGCACUGUGCUUGUAUUGCUUGCAAACACUCUUGUGAUAAGUAGAAUGAUAGAUGGUACAAGACUAAUGUUUGUUAUUGUGCUUUCUGUUAGUUAGACUGUUAAAACAUUUUUAAUUGAAGUAAAAUGUUUCCAAAGCACUGAAAACUUGCAGUUAGUGUUGUGCAAGGAGUUUUGAUUUUCCAUCACUUCUUUAUGUAAUAGACCAAAAUAGUUAUCCUUUGAACUAAUGCUUCAAGGCAGAGUAUGACUGACUUUACUGCCAAGCUCAGCUUUUCAGUGAAAUUAGUCAGUAAAGGGUUAAGUGCAGAUUACUUGCAGAGACAGUGGCAGGAAACAAUUCAGAUCAGUUUGUUCGUGUUCAUUGCAGAUAACAAUUGAUUUAGUUUAACAUUAAGAAAUUUUCUUGUAAUUAAAUAUUUCCUAAUUGCAAUUAACUGCUUUAUUUUUAUGGUAUAACUCAUGGUAGAUACAACUUGGGGGAGAAAAAGGAAUUGUUUUGCACUUCAUAUGCAUUAGAGAUUUAACCUCACUUAUACUUUGGAAUGAAAUAGCAUUCAAAAUCUUUCAAGAAAACUGAUGUCAAAAGCUGUAAAUGGAUUUGAGAACACUGUAUUCGGGAAAAUGUGAGAAAUGUAUUUGACUACUCCUACAACAGUGUGAUUUAGUCAGACUGAACCAACCUGACAAAAUGCUAACUCCUGAUUAUAAGUCUGCAGACUACAACACCUGCCAUGAUAACAAUUCCAGCAAAAUCAAACAAAAGUGUGUUGUUUAUUCCGUAUCAAUAGAUACAUGUUUUAAGAGCAAUCUUAGUGAAAAAUAACUGUUGAAUUAGUGGUUUGUUCUAAGCCUUUAAGAUUUCCGAUUUUUUGCUUUAUUUCACAAUAGUCCUAAAAUUUCCUUUACAGAUCUUAAAAAGAUAUGAUUGAGGGUUGUUCAACUUUGUACAUAAUCUUACAUUAAAAAGCUGAAUAAAAACAUGUUGAGGAAAUAAGUGACUGGAACACUUUCU